UGGGAAAAGGGGAGGGAAGAACAGGGGGAGGAGUAGGGAGAUUCAUUCAUCCACUUUCAGAAGUUGGUAGUAUAUAAUGGGGGUUUCGUGCCUAGGGAGAAGCAGAAGUUUCAGAGAGAAGGCAGCUGUUGGGGAAAGCCAUGCCAAAGGGAAAAGGCUCAGCCCUGGAACCAGAACCAAGGGUGGAAAUGCUACAGGAAGAAGGCGGUGACCAUGGGACCAAUCAUAGCACCAGAAGAGACCAAAGGAAAAUGAACCCUGCUGUCACUUUCUGCAUGCUCUUGGUUUUCAUCCUCACUGUACUCAUCAUCUAUCUGCUUGUAGAUAACGUCAGAUCCCAACAGAAAAUGUGUGCAUCUGGUCAGUUUCCAAAAGCCUUGGGAUCUGAGCGGUUAUAUCAGCGAGCUUAUACGCCCCACAGGUCUAAUUCAGACAAGCCAAGAGCACACCUGACAGCUAUUCGACAGAAUCCUAUGACUCCCAUGAAAGAUUCAUGGCCGGCUCUCCAGUGGGAACAUAAACUUGGUUCUGCUUUCGUCAAAAACCAAAUGAACUACACCAACAAGUUCCUAGUGAUUCCGGAGUCAGGAGACUACUUUGUGUAUUCACAAGUCACUUUCCGAGGCAGCACACCAGAAUGUGGUAAAAUUAAUCAGAAGGAUCGAUCCACCAAGCCAGAUUACAUAACUCAGGUCAUCACCAGAGUCACUGACAGAUACCCUGAGCCAACGCAGCUUUUAACAGGGACCAAGUCCAUCUGUGAGAUAGGCAGCAAUUGGUUUAUUCCAAUUUACCUGGGUGCUGUUUUUCCUAUGCAAGAGGGAGAUAAGCUGAUGGUAAAUGUCAGUGACAUCUCUCUUGUGGAUUAUACCAAAGAAGACAAAACAUUCUUUGGGGCUUUCCUGUUAUAGGGACCAAAGAAGCCAUCACUUGUGAAGGGAUCUUCUGUUUUGAUUGACUAUUUUCAAUCCCUAAUUUUAAUCAUUUGUAUGUACUUAAACCCAGAAAAUUUCAUGAAGGCUAGUAGGGAGAAGGGGAAACAAAUUCCACUGUCAGUAAUUUAGGUAGGAAGUUUUGGACUAGGAAAAGCACUUUAUAAUAUGCCUAGAAGAUGAGAAUUCUAAGCAAGGUAUAUUUAAAAAAAUCAUGGAACAGAACCUCAGAAGUAGAUAAGAUCUCAGGGCACAGAAUAUAUGUUAGGAGUAACCUGAAAAUUCAGAAUAUUGGAAUUUAAAGAAACCCUAGAACACAGAAUUUUAGAGUCAAAAGGAAACUUAUAAUGCAAAAUGUUAGAGCUAGAAGGUGCCUUAGGUAACUAAAUGUGAGAGCAUAUAAAAUCAGAGCUAAACAGAGCUAUUUCACAAAUUUUCAAUAUUUUAGGUGGGAAAAAUGAGGUCCAAAGAAGGGAAUAACUUACUCAAAACCACACAAGUAUUACUACUUGAAUAGUCCCUAAGUGAAAUAGUUACAGGGGAAGAAAUAAAUACUUACAUUACAUCUAUUACACUCCAGGUAUUGUACAAGUAAGAUGUCAUCUGAGCCUCACAACAACCCUGGGAAAGAGGUGUUAUUAUUAUCCUCAUUUUACAAUUAAGAAAACAAGAAAACAAAGGUUAAGUGACUUGUCCAGGAUCACAUAGCUAGUAAGUGUUAUAGGAUAUAUUUGAACUCGGAUCUUCCUGACUAUAAAUCCAGUGUUCUAUUCACUAUGCCAGCUAGUUGUCUAGUGAACAGAAGAGGAAAAAGGAGAAAUUUUGACUUCUAUGCCCUCUCUAAACUUCAGAUUCCUCAUUGAUAAAAUAAGGGAAUUUCACAGGAAGAUAUAGGUUCAAAUUCUACUUCAGAUACUUCUUGUGUGACUUUUAAGUAAGUCACUUUACCCUUCUGUGUCCCCAUUUCUUCAUCUUACCUGGAUGCUGUUUUUCCUAUGUAGGAGGGGACUGGGUUAUGGGGAGAGGAGUUUUUAAUCUUCAGCAAGGCUUCAUAUUAUGACCAGGAACCCCUUGUUAAUGAAAUAAUUUCCCUUGGAAAAAAGAUAAAAUAAUUAAAGAAUUUAGAGCUGGAGGAAACCUUAGAGAUUCAACAGUCAAACUCUUUCAUUUUGUUGUUAGGAAAACCAAAAUGCAAAGUAGUUAAAGCAUCUUUUUCGUGAUGACUCAAGUAAGUGAUCUUCUAAGUCCAGAAGUCAUGCAUCUUCCUCUGUUGCACAGAGCCAUGAAUGGGGAAUACUUACUUCUUCAUAUGUGUCCCCUUUAGCUUCCCAUAAUAAUAUAAAUAUUAAUUACUAUCAUGUUAGCUUUGGUACACCAUGCCUCCUUGGCCAUCUCUCGUGAAUGAGUCCUGACAUAGGAAUUUCCUGAACUCAGCUGGAGAAGGGAUUGGCAAGACAAAUAUCAACCCACUGCAGCUGGGCUUGAUCAGGAGAUUUGGAUGAAGAGGAAAAUGGGUAUUGAGAAGCUAGUAAUGAAAUGUCCUUCCUGCACCGUAAAAGCUAUCCUUUCUAUGGAUCUGCCUUUAUAAAAGAAUGAAAAUAGACUCAACCAAGAGAUCUUUACUUGGGAUCCAUAGCCCUAAGAUUUCAGGAGGUGCAUGAACUUGGAUGGGAAAAAUAAUACAUUUUGAUUUUCACUAACAUCCAACUGAAAUUUAGUAUUUCCUUCAGUUAUUUAAAAAUAUAAUUCCAACAAGUCCAUAGAUGUUCAAAGGGAUCCAUCACACAAAAUAAGGUGGAAAACUCCUAGACUCGAUCAUUUUGAUGGCUUUUUCCAACCCUAAAUCCUGUGAUCCUCUAAUCCUCUGACUUUUCUGCUCUUGCUCUUGAUUGAAGAAGUAAGGAAGGUUGCCUAAGGAGACCUCCUUAAGAAAAGAAAGUCUUCACAAAAGGAGACUACAAAUCAAGUCCCUUACAAACAUUUGCACUUCUUUGUCAGAUUUCACUGAAUGGGUCAGGCUAAGAAAAAAAUAUCUUGUCUGGACAUGGAUGUUUACAAUAAUAGCAUUUUUCCACCACACAUUAAGAAAUUAGAGACUUUGGGAAAUCCCUAAAAUUAAUUUAUUUUGUCCAGGUUAUAUGUUUAAGUUAUUUGUCAUCCUUCCCAUCCAAAGAUGGAAUCCCAAGUGGCUCUUUUGGCAUCUGGCUCAACUCAGGUGUUUAACAUUUGUUUCAGAUAACUGCUUAAGAUCCAUUCGUUGGCGCACAGGUGUGUCUGUGUUGUAUGUACACAAAGCAGUAAAUGUUCUGCUGUCUAUUUUAGUGCAGAAGAUAUUUUUUUCAAAUGAGCAGAACUUAGUUUGCUUUCUAUUUAAGUCAACAAACAUUUAUUAAGCAUCCACCAUGCGCAAGUCCUGUGCUAAGUGCUGGGAAAUUUAAAAAAAAAAAGGUAAAAAAAGAGUCUGUCCUCCAGGUGCUCACAGUUUACUAGGCGGGAAACAGGAAAAUAGCCACACAAUACCAAAAUACGUACAGAAUCUCAGAGAGGCCUGGGCCUGACUUCUUAUAGAGGAGGAAACUUUAUCUGAAACCUGAAGGAAACCAGGAGGCAGGGAUGAGGAAGAAGAGAGUUCUAGUUGUGAGGAAGAGGUAGCAUAUAUGUCAGCAACUAGUUUACCAAAAAAAAAAAAAUUAAUGUACUUCUGAGAAUAAAUCAAAGGGAUAUACUCAAGGAUUUAGGAAAUGAAUCUGACUCUGCCACUAAUGAGCAGAGCUAUCUGUAUGUCCAUAUAGAUACCUAUAGCUAUAUAGAUAUAUUCAGGAAAAAUAUAUGCAAAUAUGGUCACAUGCAUCAUUUUAUAUCUAUUUACACAUAUACUUGGCAAACUGUAUUUAGAAGCUUACACUUCAGCUGCUUUGGUUCAGACCUGUAAUUUUGUAUGUGAUGGCAGCAACAGAUAAAGGAAACUCCCUUUACCCAAAGAGAUCAGCAACUCAUCCCCACCUUAUGAUCUUGGAAAGAUGUCAGGAGAAUAACUUGCUGGUGGGCACACAGCCAGCGUAGGUCAGAAGCAGGACUUGAACCUAAGCCUUCCUAACUGCAAGGCUAUCUCUCUCCACUACUCCAGACUUCCUACCUUGAUUAGAGUGAGUUGAUUUUCCGACUCCUUGGGUGAAAGGAGAAUUCACUUUGCUGGUUCUGAAAAAACAAAGACAACAUGAAAAAUUUACAGCUCUAUGGAUGCCCAGACAUUAUUCCACCAAUUUUCAACUUAUAAGGAUUCAAAAUAUAGUAUAAUCUAGCAAUCAAAAUCUCUUCUCUACUCACAUUCCUAGAAUGUUAAUCCCAGGAGAAACCAGUCAAUGUACCUUCCUCUACACCACAAGAUCAGGAAUGGGGAAUACUUGUUUCUUCACAUGAUUCUUCACAGAUUCCUACAGUAUCUCUCCUAGGAGAGUCGUUGAGAUGUAGACUCUCAGGAUUCUGUGAUACAGCUAAAAAAGGGUUUUAGAACUUAGAGGAUAUGAGUCGGAAAAGGGCUUAGGAAUCAUCUUUGUCUAACAUAACCCCACCUGCAGAUAAGGUAACAGAAAAUGAUAGCAAAAGUAAUUUGGCCAAUAUCAGCAGAGCUGAGACUAAGACGUGAGGCUCUUAAUUCCUAACCUAAUAAUUUUCCCACUAGACUUUCUAUCUAAUUAAAGUCAUUGAAAAUAUAGCUAUUCCUAUUUUUGUCAUAAAAUAUGCAAAAGAUUAAGGUAAUACAUGAGAUCAGAUAAUUUUGAUAAUAAACUCCAUGUGUUUUCAUUGGUUUUUUUGUUUUAUGUUAAAACGUCACAUACCCAAUGUAAAAUGCAUUUUAUAUGUUGAUGGAUCUGUACCUCAUUGGUAUUGUUUCCACAUCUUUGUGCACUACUGUACUAAUGCUAAUUAAAAUAAAUGUAAUAUUUUAUGCUUUAUUGUUAUGUUCAGUAGAUAAUAUGAAUUUUUUUAAACAGCAUUAAAGCUCAUGAACUGC